UUUCCGUAUCUAUCUAUAGCCCAAGAGGUUGUCUGUUCUAGUGGAGAGAGACAUUCUCAGGGUCAAUGGAAUACAUAUUCAAAACUCCACCUGUGACAUUUGUUGGUUCCAUAACCCAGAAAAACUCACUUAAACUGGCAAGGUUCCUAGGCAUAUGUCUAAGAAAAUAUGUUGCAUAACAGUCACUGUUAUGAAUAAAUAUAAGAAGUUUCUUCACUAGAAUAUCCCUAUAUCAAUAAAACAAAAUUUUUUGCAAAAUGCAUACAUAUAGAUACACACAUGUACUUGGACUUUGGAUAUACUUUAUAUUUGAAAAUAUAUACACAUAUAUUUGUAUGUUUGUAUACACAUAAAUAUUUCUGUGUAUAUCUCUGUAUAAGUAUGUAUACACAACACAUUUCUAUAUAGAAGUAGUUUAAUCAGAUUUUAUUGCUGUAGGGUUUUUUGUUUGUUUAUUUGUUUUUAAACCCUUACAUUAGUCUUGGAUGUAUUGAAUCCAAGUCAGAAGAGCUGUAAGGGCUAGGCAAUGGAGGUCAAGUGACUUGCCAGGAUCACAUAGCCGGGAAGUGUCUGAGGCCAGAUUUGAACCUCGGACCUCCCAUCCCGAGGUCUGGCUCUCAAUCCACUGAACUACCCUGCUAUACAUAUAUACACAUAUGUAUAUAUGUGUGUGUGUGAGAGUGUGUGUAUGCAUUUUUAUUUUUAAAAUUCAUACAAAGAGUCUUUGACAAGAAAUUUCAAAAAGUGCCAUUUUCCUUUUUGUUUAUUUUACUUUCUUUAUAGUAUUUACAAGGGGAUGUAGAAAAAAGUAAUGUGUCAGAGGCAGACAUUUAUAGUUGGGUUGAAUUAAACUCAUGACAGAUCAUUAGAUCAGGCUGUAUCUACAAUAUAUAUUCAUGAAAUGAAAUUGAUUUUAUUCUCACUAGGAAGUGUCAGAGGUUCCUACCUGAAUAUGAGGGGAAGUGUAGGCUACCUUCUCAGGGACUAGUAUAGUUCUCAAUUUUAAGGCUUCUUUUUGAUCCAUAUGGACUAUUCUUUACACCUAACAUUAAAUUUUUACUAGAAAUCUGAAAUGAAUUUCAGUGAGGACAAUAUAAUUCUUCAUUGCCUAGUACUGGAUCUGAAUCUUUGAGUUAGAAGAGAACUAACAGCUAUAUAAUAACAACCAUCUCACCCAGUGGGAGAAUUUUUUCCACAGUAUUCCUCACCAAUAGCCAGCGAUCUCCAUUUAAAUAUAGGUAACUCCAGCUUGAACUAUCAAAUUAUUUACAUUAAGCCAAGGUUCACCCCUCCAGAAAUUCCUGCCUAUUGGUUCCAGCUUUGACAUUCUGGUGCAUUGCAGCAAAAUGGACUCCAUUACAUUGUGACAGCCUAUCAAAUAUUAAUGUAUCAGAAGUUUAGAGAAGGAUCUCAAUUAAGAAGAUGACUUUAAAAAUGGUCAGAGAGAAUGUUUCCUCUUAUUUUUUUUCCCAGAAGAAUGAAGGAAAUAGUGGGUUGAAGAAAUAUGUAAAAGUGGAUGAGGAUUUCGUGUAUUCUAGACUGAGUAUAACAUUUGGUAAAUGGAGCCUUCUAACUCGAGCGAUUUUGGGAUUUCAUGCAUUCUAGACUGAGUACAAUAUUUAGGAAAUGUAACCUCCCAACAUACUGGCUUCUACUGAAAUGCCAAGAUACAUAAUCUAUAAGCAACUUUAUAAUUUUUCAAUAGUACCUUGAAAAUUAAUAUUUAUUUCAUUUGGCUUUAAUUUCUUCAUCCAUCAUGUAGUCAGGUGUGGAUUAGGAUAAAUGAUGAAGUUGGUGUUAAAGGUGAGUGAAAAAAUCAUUAUACGUAUUCUGUAUGUAGAGACUAUUAUAAACAAUUAGACAUGAAACUGGACUCAUUGCUUCUAAGAAGUAGUUAUGUAGCUAUAGUUAUAUGAGUCCUUCUGUCUCCUUGUGUGCUGAAAUAAAACAAAAUACAAAAAGAGCUCUUUAAUAACUGUUUCUAGUUCCUGGAGCUUGUUUCCUUAGCUCUCAACAAUCUUGUCACUCACCACUCUUUUUGCCUUCAAACAACGACAUGGGAAUCUCCCUUUUUCAAUCUUAAUAAAAGUAAGUUUCUAUUCUCGAGGUAUAAUAAAACGAGUAUGAAUUGUGAUGUGACAAUUUUGAAAAUUGUCUGCCUUUUCUCUGGAUUUCUGUUCUUAAUAUAUACUUUUUGAGCAUUAUGUUUGUUAAUGAUGGGAUAGAAUAUAAGGAAUUACCAGAUUUCAAAAACUGGAAAACUACCACAAUUAUCUCUUUGAAACAUGGGGGGGAAUUUGGAUGAUUUUUGUCCUUUCUAUUGAAGACUCAAUGACCAGAAUUGUUACACUCAAGAAAAAUGUUAGUUCAGUUGAUUAUUAAAUUGGAUUUUCAAACUUUUACUGAUUAUGUUUAUACUGAAUUUUUAUAUUGUCCACACAAUAUAUCAAGAUAAUUAUGAAAUUCUAAUGAACCAUAAGAGAUACUAAAAACUGUAUCUUUUUGAACUUCUAUAUUCCUUUUGGCAAUUCUAUACCUAAGCUAUCUGUAAUAUCUCUUUUUGAUAUCCUCAAAAAUACAUAUUCUGUGAUAUCUAUUAGAAAGUUGUUCAAAUUGACAAUAAUUUGAAGGUAGAUGUCAAAAUUCAUAACCAUUGAUAUAACAAUUUAAUAUUUCAAGAAUCUUUGAUGUCAUUAGCAUCAUUAUUGUAUAGAUGACAACUUAAUUCUCAGCAUUGUAUCUUCAUUUCUCUGACCAAUUCAGCCCAUUUAGUAAUGAGCCACUCCAUCCUUAACAUAUAGAGUCCCUUCUCAAGUUUCUAUUCAAAGUUUUUUUUUUUUUUUAUGCAUGAUAGAACUAACCAGAUAACUCUUCUGGUUAGCUGACAUAGCUUUUUUGAAACCAGGAGUCUCCUCCAAGAUAUGAAGAUAUAUCAAAGCAAAACAAUGAUCUAAAUACUUGAUCAAAUUUUCAAUUUUUAAUUUAUGUUAACUUUGCCACCUUAUUCACAUUUUGAGAGUAGGUUCAUCAUUCUAUUAUCUCUAUAACUUAAAGUUUUUUAGUCAUUAGUGACUCCAGAAUUUUAUCUGAAUAUGUACCAGUUACUAAAGCAAUGAAAUAUCAACUUUCUAAUGAAUCCUAGUGAAAAACUUUUUUCAGGAAUAAGAAUAAAGUUGCAAUAACUAGGGGCAGCUAGGUGAUGCAAGUGGACAGAGCUCAAAGCCUGGAGUCAAGAAGAUCAGAGUUCAAAUCUAGACUCAGUCAUUUACUAACUGUCUUAACCUAGGCAAGUCACUUUACCCCUGUUUGCCUCAGUUCCUCAUAUGUAAAAUGAGCUUGAGAAGAAAAUGAAAAUUAUUCCAGGAUCUUUUCUAACAAACUCCAAAAGUGGUUAACAAAGAGGCAGAUAUAACUGAAAUAACUGAACAACAAAAACAACAAAGCAACAGAUAAUCUAUACUUUUCUUAUUCUAGUCAACUAUACAAUACAGUGGAGAGAAUGUUAGGCUUAGUCAGGAUGCCCUGAGUUUAUUCUUUCUUGUCAAAGACACUUAAAAGCUAUGUGAUCUGGGUAAGAUACAUUGCCUCUUUCAUCCUCAGUUACUGUAUAUUCAAAAUAGGGAUGAUAAUAAUAUCACUUCCCUUCCAGAAAGAUUGUGAGAAUCGAUUGAGAUUACACAUAUAAAAUAUUUUACAAAUCUUAAAACUUUUUGUAUAAGUACUAAUUAUUAUUUUAGCUAUUAUUUUCCUACCAAAGCUAUUGAUAAACAAAAGUGUAUUUAUCUUUGAGUAUUCACUGAGAGUGUCAAAUGUGAUAGAAAUAAAAAAUUAUAUACCACAGGCAGAUUAAAAUAAUACUUUCCUCCCAAACAUACCAUCUUUUAGUAUCACUAAAUAAAAAUGUAUGCAUCUGAAGUUGAUCUUCAUAAUGUUAUAUAAUUUAUAUUAUAAUACUUGGUGCCAUUUAGAUGUUUCUUGAUUUUUUUUAAAAGAAGUAAUGGGAAUUAGGCAGGUCUUGAUAUAAUUUCAAUUUUAACUCUUCUCCACUAGGAAGGAUCCUACACAUUGAUUCUCUUUGGGUGAUCAGUGCUAUUCAGCUUGUGUAGCUACAUACAUAUCUAAACCAUUUUUAAACUUUGGUAAUGGGACAGUUUUAUGUCAGAUUGAAAAAGUUUAUUUAUAGAUUUACUUUUGGGAGAGCUAGUUGAGAAAUAUAUUAGAAGUACUUCAUACUUAACAAAGAUAGGCAAGCAUUUUUUCAUGCAAUUGGGUGAAAGUUAAUUGAAAUAUGAACUUUAGUAACUUCCUUCAAUGUCUUUGCUUUUAUUAUAGAGUGAUGGAGAGCAACCAGACCACAGUGACAGAUUUCAUUCUGCUGGGAUUUCUGGUUAGCCCAGAGGUGAAGAGGUUUCUCUUUGGGCUCUUCUUCCUCCUCUAUACCUGCACUCUGUUGGGAAAUGGAGUCAUCCUGGGUCUGAUUUGUCUUGACUCCAGACUCCACACUCCCAUGUACUUCUUCCUCUCCCAAUUGGCUCUUGUUGACAUCUCUUAUGCCUCAAACACGGUCCCCCAGAUGCUGGCAAAUCUCCUGGAUCCAGCCAAGCCCAUCUCCUUUGCAGGGUGCAUCAUGCAGACCCAUCUCUUUUUAACACUUGCCCAUGUAGAAUGUCUUCUGCUGGUAAUGAUGAGCUAUGACCGGUAUGUGGCCAUCUGCCAUCCCCUUAGAUACACUCUCAUUAUGAACCGAGGAAUGUGUAUUGCACUGGCCAUCACAUCCUGGGCAGGUGGAUCCCUCCUGGCUUUGGUCCAUGUCAUCCUUCUGCUUCGGCUGCCCUUCUGCGGGCCCCGGGAAAUCAACCACUUCUUCUGUGAAAUCCUUUCUGUACUGAAACUUGCCUGUGCCGACACGUGGCUCAACAAAUUAGUCACCUUUAUUGCCUGUAUAAUUAUUGUAGUUGCACCCCUCUCCUUAGUCCUAAUCUCCUACACACAUAUUCUUGCUGCUAUCCUGAGAAUCCAUUCAAGGGAAGGACGGAAGAAAGCCUUCUCCACCUGCUCCUCCCAUCUCUGUGUGGUUGGACUUUUUUUUGGUAAUGCCAUCAUUCUCUACAUGACCCCCAACUCCAGAAAGUCUGAGGAGCAACAUAAAAUUCUUUUUUUGUUUUACAGCUUCUUUAAUCCUACUCUAAAUCCUCUGAUAUAUAGUCUAAGAAAUGCAGAGGUAAAGGGAGCCUUUAGAAGAAUGCUUAGGAAAGAAAGACUAGGUUAAAAGACUGAAUUGUAAUUAUUUAUAAAGGGAUAGGAAUGUAGCCUUUGGAGUUUAUAAUAAUUUGGGAAAUAAAUGCUAUGGGAUUAAAUGACUUUUUUUUCUCCUUCCCCCCACUAUUAAAUUCUCUCUCUUCCCAUUUAUAAUUAUGCCACCAUCUGGAACAUGUCCAUGGAUCUGAACAUCUUUUUUGCCCUAUUUUCCCCUGGAAUGUCAGAGCAAGAAAAAUAUCAAAUCAAAGUGCCUUUUCUUAAUAAAUAUUGAUAUAAUUUGCUUUUAAAUUAUAUUUACUUCUGAAUAUACCACUCUCUGUACUAAUGAGAGCAACUUUAAUUGUUUCAAAGAAUAAACAUUAAAGAAAGAGGUAACUCAGUAAUAUUAAAUAAUGUGUCUCAAGACUGAUAGUAUCUACAAUUUUCCAUAUCCAUAUCCUUGUCAUCAACAUCUUCAAAGCACAUUGGGAAAUAAGUUUUUGAAUCUUUUCUCUGGGUCUUAUAUGGGUCAUUUUUUUUAUUCACUCAUUCUCACAGCAAGUAUUUACUAAGUACUUCCUAUCUAACAAGUCUCUUGCAAAAUGCUGGGGACAUGCAGAUAGGCAAAGCAACUUUUGUGCAAUCAAGGAGCUGA